UGGAGUGGGAGGGGUUUCGCGCACAGUCCUUCCACACCUCUACAGUUCAGCUGUGCGCACUGCAUGAAGAGCACUACACGCCCCCGCUGAUCAUCAGUGCAGCACUUAGAAAGCGGAGAUCUCCAUCAGUAUGCUGUGCUUCUCAUCGUCUGUGAGGCUCACGUCAAGCCUUUGCAGGUACAUCGGUGUGCAACGCUUGCCAAACUCAUGCCCACUGCUGCAGCAACCCAGGCACAGCAGUACUGCAGUAAAUAAGAGCACAGCGUCCUACAGCUAUGUGAUAGUCGGGGCUGGAUCUGCAGGCUGCGUGCUGGCCAACCGUCUGUCAGAGAACGCCUCCGAUUCGGUGCUCCUUCUGGAGGCAGGACCCAAAGACAAGCAGCUGGGAAGCACCCGUCUGUCCUGGAAGAUUCACAUGCCGGCUGCUCUGACCUAUAACCUCUGUGACGACAAGUACAACUGGUUUUACCACACGCUACCUCAAGCACACAUGGACGGCAGGGUGAUGUACUGGCCUCGUGGCCGCGUCUGGGGCGGAUCGUCAUCGCUCAAUGCCAUGGUGUACAUUCGGGGGCACGCCGAGGACUACAACCGCUGGCAGAGCGAGGGGGCCGAGGGCUGGGGCUACGAUCACUGUCUUCCGUACUUCCGCAAGGCCCAGACACAUGAGCUGGGAGCAGACCGAUACCGAGGGGAUGACGGCCCACUGCAUGUGACGCGAGGAAAAACCAGUCACCCUCUGCACCACACAUUCAUCGAAGCGGGCCAGCAGGCCGGAUACCCCUUCACGGAUGACAUGAACGGAUUCCAGCAGGAAGGAGUGGGCUGGAUGGAUAUGACCAUCCACAGAGGUAAACGAUGGAGCACAGCUAGUGCUUACCUCCGGCCUGCGCUGUCCAGACCCAAUCUGAGAACAGAAGUGCGCUGCAUGGUGACCCGUAUUCUGUUUGAUGGGACGCAAGCAAGAGGGGUGGAGUACCAGCAGGAUGGACAGACGAAAAAGGUGUUUGCUGAUAAGGAGGUCAUUCUCAGCGGUGGAGCCAUAAACUCCCCACAGCUCCUCCUGCUGUCUGGAGUGGGAAACGCAGAUGAACUUCGCAAACAUGAUAUUCCCGUUAUACAGCAUCUUCCAGGUGUGGGCUGUAAUCUGCAGGAUCAUCUGGAGAUAUAUGUGCAGCAUCGCUGUACUCAACCCAUCACGCUCUACAAAGCCCAGAAGCCCUUCCACAUGGUGAAGAUCGGCCUGGAAUGGCUUCUCAGAUUCACAGGUUACGGUGCAACGGCUCAUCUGGAGAGCGGCGGGUUCAUUCGUAGUCGUCCCGGUGUUCCUCAUCCUGAUAUUCAGUUCCAUUUCCUGCCCUCUCAGGUCAUCGAUCACGGCCGUGUUAAAUCCAAGAUCGAGGCCUUCCAGGUUCAUGUUGGACCCAUGAGGAGCACGAGUGUUGGGUGGCUCAAACUGAAGAGUAGAGACCCGUUUGCCCACCCUAUCAUCCAACCCAACUACCUCUCCACCGACACCGACAUGUUGGAGUUCAGACAAUGCAUCAAGCUCACACGGGAAAUCUUCGCUCAAAAAGCCUUCGACCCUUUCCGAGGCCCCGAGGUGCAGCCGGGCCCCGCCGUCCAAUCUGACGCAGAGAUCGACGCUUUCGUCCGGCAGAAGGCAGACAGCGCCUACCACCCGUCCUGCACAUGUAAAAUGGGCAGCGCCUCGGACAGCAGGGCGGUGGUGGACCCUGCUCUGCGUGUGUUCGGUCUGCAGGGGCUGAGGGUGGUGGACGCCUCCGUUAUGCCCAGCAUGCUGAGCGGGAUCUGCAAUCUCGU